GCGAGGGCGCCUGCGCACGGGGGCGGCGGAGGCUGGUCGGCGGCGCGCGGCAGGGGCCGCCCUGCUCUGUGUGGAGCCAGCCCCGGCAGGCUGCGCGGCGGGAGGCUGCUGGGCGCCCUCAGGGGCUGGCCUCGUAAGUUAAGUCAUUUUUGGACAUUUGAAGAGUAAGCAGCGCUGAUACUCCAUGAACCGUGAAACCACAGGAAGUGUGGCAGCCCUCCCUACCUCAAGCUUUUCUCCCUUACUGUGACGUUGUUCCUGGGACCUUUGUUUUCAGCCCUGCUGAAGGGCAACAGCCUGCCUUAGCUUUAGAACAAAGGAAGCAGUUUGCAGAUCAGGGAGAGCCAUGGCCUCCAGCUUGUAUGUUUUCCAUUUCUUCUAUAAGUUCAAAGUGUUGGUGCUUGUCUCUUUGUGUUUGAUGGUGCUAUGGGCGACAUUGAGUUACUUUGUGGACUCCAGACAAGAAAUUUCUAAAGCUAGGAGCAUGGUGGAAGAUUUCAGAAAGGCACCCAGCCUGGAGGACAGUCAAAAAGAAGAGAAGAUGGAAUCAACUGUGACAGUUUCUACAGUGAAGUCAUUUCAGGGUCACUGCCCAUCUCUUUCUCCGUACUUGAAAGGUGCUAGAAAACUCUCCUUCAAAGCAUCUCUCACACUUGAAGAAGUCCAAAAGGAGAAUCCUCAAGUAGUCAAGGGCAGGUAUCACCCCACAGAGUGUUCAGCAUUGCAGCGUGUGGCCAUCCUCAUCCCGCACCGCAAUCGAGAGAUGCAUCUACUGUACCUCCUGGAGCACCUCCACCCGUUCCUACAAAGGCAGCAGCUGGACUAUGGCAUCUACGUUAUUCACCAGGCUGGCAGCACCAAAUUUAAUCGAGCUAAACUGCUGAAUGCAGGGUACCUCGAGGCCCUAAAAGAAGCAAACUGGGACUGUUUCAUUUUCCAUGAUGUGGAUCUGGUGCCAGAGAAUGAUUUUAACAUUUACAUGUGUGACAGACAACCAAAGCACCUUGUAGUUGGCAGGAACAAUACUGGAUACAGGUUACGGUACCGUGGAUAUUUUGGAGGUGUAACUGCUCUAACAAGAGAUCAGUUUUCCAAGGUGAAUGGAUUCUCUAACAACUACUGGGGUUGGGGUGGAGAAGAUGACGACCUUCGAAUCAGGGUUGAGAUGCAGAGGAUGACAGUGCUGAGACCAUCUGCUGAUGUAGGCAGGUAUACCAUGAUCUUCCACAAACGAGACCAAGGUAAUGAGGAGAAUGGAGAGAGGAUGAAGCUUCUCCGUCAGGUAUCUAAAACAUGGAAAACAGAUGGGCUGAACUCUUGUUCAUAUAAACUGCUCUCAGUGGAACAUAACCCUUUGUAUGUCAACAUUACGGUGGAUUUCAGCAAGGGGCCCAAGAUCUCCUAAGGGCGGACAUCACAAAGGUUAUUGGAAAUGGCAACAGGUGUGAUUUGUGGUUAGUCACAGCAGAUGUCUCCCAGCACUCUGCUUCAAAGAGUACUUCAGUAGCACAGAAGCAAUGUUGUCUUUAUGCUGUCUACUGAUUGGUUGUGAAUUCCAUCCUGUGAGGACUGGAGAUACAGACUUAACCCAAGGGACAGAUCCUCAUGUUCUUCUAUGCACUUUCUGCUGGGACAUUUGCAAAAGUGUCCUUGUUUGGGCUGCUCCAGUGGAAGGACUUGAACUAAGUGUCCUGAAAAAAAAAUAAACUGUUCUUGCAACUCUUCCUAAAUUUUGUAUUUUUUUGUAGGGGGGAAGCCUGCCUCAUGACUUCAAAAGGCAGAGGCCACUGUUUGUUUUCUCAUGAUUUUUCAACUACAAACUUGCUGGAAUCUGCUCGUGUAUGAGGGAAUGGCAAUAAAAGGACAUGUUACAUCUCUCAAUAAACACACUCCACUGCAUUCAGAA